AUGUUUAAGAAGGAUAUCCCCCCGAGCAACCGCUCAAAAGUCAAAUCCUCCGUGCAGCGCGGCCUCCGCCAACGGUUCCUAGACACAUACCCAGGAUUCGAACCCUACAUUGAAGAAGUCCUACCGAAGAAGGCCCAACUGGAUGCCGUGAAGCUUCCGGAAAGAUCCACCCUCUACACCCACGAAAACACCCCCUUAUUCUACCAACCGCUCGACGGCCCACCCAUCCCGCACCUGAAACUCAUCCACGCGUACCCGGACGCCCUGCCCACGAUCCAGAUCGACCGGGGAGCUAUUCGGUUCGUGUUGUCUGGUGCGGCGCUCAUGGCGCCGGGGUUGACGAGUGCUGGGGGGAGAUUGCCCGAUGUGGAGAGUGGGGAGAAGGAGAUAGCUGCUGGAGAGGUUGUUGCGGUUAAGGCGGAGGGGAAGGAGACGGUUUGUCUGGUGGGUGUGUUGAAGGUCGGUACGGAGGAGAUUAAGAAGGUCGGGAAGGGGGUCGUGCUUGAUGAGGGGCAUUUUCUUGGGGAUGGGUUGUGGAGGUAUCAUCUUGAUUAAUUGGUAUUUCCCCGGAGGGGAAUUGGGGAGGGGAGAGGGGGUUAUACCAGUGUGAUUGGGGUUGGGUGUGGCUAUGAUAUGACUUUUUAUUAUUAUGUUUGUAUGUGAAUGAAAAAGUGUCUAUGUCUUCUGUUAUUCUCUCUUGAAGGUGGUAUUAUGUACAUUUGUAUGUAGUUAGCUAUGACGAUGAUUCAGGUCGCGGUGAUAAUGAUGUCGGUGAGAGUGAUGACCAUGACGGCGUGCGGAUCGCCAGUCCU